CGGCCCUGUGGCGCCGCCCAGGCCGCGUGGACGCGGCGCCUUCGCUGUUCCCCGUCCGAGCUGCGGCUUCGCGCAGCCGAGGAUUCCGCGGACCGGGCCGAAGCUCCCGGCGCCGUGACACCCCGUUCCCCCACGGGCUGGAGGCUGUGCAUAGGUGUUCUGCAGACCAUGAACUGAGCACUAGUCCCAGACAUUCAUGAGCACAGUGUGAGGCUCCUGAUCACCACCCAGCAGCCCCUUCCUCUCUGGCACUAAGGACCCCUGGAGAAGAUGGGGAGGAAAAAGAUUCAGAUCCAGCGAAUCACUGAUGAACGGAACCGCCAGGUGACAUUCACCAAGCGGAAGUUUGGGCUGAUGAAGAAGGCCUACGAACUGAGUGUGCUGUGCGACUGUGAGAUCGCGCUCAUCAUCUUCAACCACUCCAACAAGCUGUUUCAGUACGCCAGCACCGACAUGGACAAGGUGCUGCUCAAGUACACGGAGUACAACGAGCCGCAUGAGAGCCGCACCAAUGCUGACAUCAUUGAGGCGCUGCACAAGAAGCACAGGGAAUGUGAGAGCCCCGAGGUGGACGAGGCGUUUGCCCUGACCCCCCAGACGGAGGAGAAGUAUAAAAAGAUAGACGAGGAGUUUGAUAAGAUGAUGCAGAGUUAUAGACUGGCCUCAUCUGUUCCGGCCCCCAAUUUUGCCAUGCCUGUCACAGUGCCCGUGUCCAAUCAGAGCUCCAUGCAGUUCAGCAAUCCAAGUAGCUCUCUGGUCACUCCUUCCCUGGUGACAUCAUCCCUUACGGACCCACGGCUCCUGUCCCCCCAGCAGCCAGCACUACAGAGAAACAGUGUUUCUCCGGGCCUGCCCCAGCGGCCUGCUAGUGCAGGAGCCAUGCUGGGUGGAGACCUCAACAGUGCUAAUGGAGCCUGCCCCAGCCCCGUUGGGAAUGGCUACGUCAGUGCCCGGGCUUCCCCCGGCCUCCUCCCUGUGGCCAAUGGCAACGGCCUAAACAAGGUCAUCCCUGCCAAGUCUCCACCCCCACCCACCCACAACACCCAGCUUGGAGCCCCCAGCCGCAAGCCUGAUCUGCGGGUCAUCACUUCCCAGGGAGGCAAAGGGUUAAUGCAUCAUUUGACUGAGGACCAUUUAGAUCUGAACAAUGCCCAGCGCCUUGGGGUCUCCCAGUCUACCCACUCGCUCACCACCCCAGUGGUUUCCGUGGCAACACCAAGUUUACUCAGCCAGGGCCUCCCCUUCUCCUCCAUGCCCACUGCCUACAACACAGAUUACCAGCUGCCCAGUGCAGAGCUUUCCUCCUUACCAGCCUUCAGCUCACCUGCAGGGCUGGCACUAGGCAACGUCACCGCCUGGCAGCAGCCCCAGCAGCCCCAGCAGCCACAACCACCACAACCGCCACAGUCACAGCCACAGCCACCACAGCCACAGCCACAGCAGCCACCUCAGCAACAGCCCCACUUGGUCCCUGUUUCUCUCAGCAACCUCAUCCCUGGCAGCCCCUUGCCCCAUGUGGGUGCUGCUCUCACUGUCACUACCCACCCCCACAUCAGCAUCAAGUCAGAACCAGUGUCCCCAAGUCGUGAACGCAGCCCUGCACCUCCUCCACCAGCUGUGUUCCCAGCUGCCCGCCCUGAGCCUGGCGAAGGUCUCAGCAGCCCAGCUGGAGGAUCCUAUGAGACCGGGGACCGGGAUGAUGGACGGGGGGACUUUGGGCCCACACUAGGCCUGCUGCGCCCAGCCCCAGAGCCUGAGGCUGAGGGCUCAGCUGUGAAGAGGAUGCGGCUGGAUACUUGGGUACUGUAACAUUGCCCUUCUGUCUGCCGGUGUCUGCGUCACCCAGGGAUGCCCCACAUGCACAUGCCUGUUUUCUUUCCCACCUGAGGCCUUGUGGCCAGGCAUUUCUUUUGGGUCAGUACUCACAGCCCUCGACCCCCUCCUUGCAGCAUUGUUCCCUGCUCAGUGACCUCCAGCUAGCCUCACCCUAGAGUGUGACCCCUGGGGAGAGGGGUGGGUGCAUCCUAUAGGCCACACUGCCCCUCACACCACCUUCUCCAUCUCCUUUCUUCACAGACAUUAAAGUGAUGGUUCCCACUCCCAUCUCUCAGCCUCCCUGAUGAAGAGUUGACAAUCUCACCGCCCACCCCUCCCUGUCCUGGGCUCCUCCCGCUCGACCCCACUUCCUUUCUUCUGCUCCAUGUCCUGUUGAUGGUUACAUUUGUGUAUAAUUAUAUUAUUAUUAUUAUUAUUGUUAUUAUUAUUAUAUUUUUAAAUUCAAAUUCUCGCUUUAGAGAGAGGGAUGCUCUUGCCCCUUUCUUGCUCCCACCAUUUUCACUGAUGGGGGACUCUCUUUAUUGCGGGAAAGGGGGGACACUUUGCACGUUGUACACAUAUGCUGCAGGAAGGGGGGGAGGCGGUAGGCCUUGGAGAAGGACAGGUGCCGAGCCCUGCAUGUGGAGCCCUCCCAUCCCAUUCCCAGAUAGACGUAAAGAACCAAAAACUACCCAACAACAAAACCCAGACAGUGGACUGAAACCCAAAGCUGGCUUGAUGAGGGGCUUGUGUCUCGGGAUAUAGGAGGAGGUGGAGUUUCUGCUUCUGGGCAGUUCGUGGCUAAUACCUAUCCUGGUCCCUUCAGCUUCCUGCAUACAUACUGCACUCACUGAUCCUGUGUGCUACACCCCAAGAUCUGGGUGAUAGAAAGGCUGCCUAGGAUUCUGAGGCCAGGGCAAGGGCUUGAGGUAGGAAUCUCUAGAAGAAACUGUGGAGAGGGACAGCUGUAGAAAGAGAGCUGAGGAGGACAGAAGGACUGGGUGUGAUGACUUGGGACCCUACCCCCAGCUUUUCCUUUAAGAUGUACAGUGCAAUAGCGCCCCAUCCUUCAGCCUACCCCAGCCCUAAAGAAAGCUGGCCAUGUCCUGGGAGAGUUGGGAGAUGACCUUAAGUGAAGUGGCUCCAGGUGGGCCAGAGUCAUCCUGGGGCACUGAAGUCAGGAGGCCUGUCAGGGGCUUUGUGCACCUGUGUCCAGAGAGUACACACUAGGCACAUGGCAUGGUCUGUGGAGCUAGAGGCUCCUGUAGAUGAGGCCCCUAGCCCUUCCCCAGGCCUCUGAGCUCCUGCCCCUGCCCCACCUCCCAGCUCUCUUUAUGCCCCUUGUCUCGCUACCUCCUGUCCCUACACCUCCAGGCCACAUCCCAUACCUGCCCUCUUGCUACUGUAAUUGUAAAUAGAGACCUUUCAAAUGUUAGUGGUGUAACAGUCCAGGAAACUGUUGUGUUUGUUGUUGUUGUAUUGAUAUGAAAUGAGAUUCUAUUUUUGUCAAAGUAUAUUGUAAUAAUAAUGACUCAAAUGGCCCGUCCUGUACAGAUGAGAUUCUUCUGCUGUGUUCUUGCCUUCCUCUCCCAGACUCAUGCUUUGUGGCCUCCUCAGUGGGGCUGCAGCAAGACCAGGGGCAGUGGAAGCAUUGGGUCCUUGGGCCUCUUGCUGGAUCUGAGGUCAAAUUGGAGGGAAUAGUCUGCCCCCUCCCCAGCCUGCUCUCUGUCACCAUCCCUGCCCUUCCUCUGCUUUCCCACCCAGGAAAAGGGGAUGGGAGACAGCCACACCCCCUUGGAGCUCCCUCCCAGCCGGAGGGUAGAGUUAGACAAGGCUCAGUGCUGUAGUAAGAUGGUCUUUGCCCAACUAUGACCCAGCCUUUUGUAGUAUUUGACACUUGAUGCAGGGAAGGAGCCAGAAGCAGAGGGGUGUGAGCAUGCUCGUGGGGGCGUAUCUGGGUUCACCCUGUAUUUAUGUGUUUGUGUGCAGCUGUGCGGAUGUACCUUUGAGUGACUCAAGCUCCAAGGGCCUCUGUGUCUGUGAGCUGGAUGUGUUUACAAGGGAUAGGCAGCUUCCAACUCUGUGGCUUCACUCCCCUCCCUGGGCUGCUCUCAGUCCCAAAACAUUUUACUAAAGUUUGGGGGAGGGAGUGCUAGUCGGCCUUCCUCUUCUCCCCACAGCCUACCUCCACCAGGGCUUCACAUUUGGAGCUCUGCCUCCAUACGGCUGUCCACUAGCCCCACCCAGUCACAGUUCCAUCCCUGGAGUUCUGACUUGUUUAUGGAGCCAACUCAAGUUCCUCUUCCUCCUGGGAGCUUUGCCUUCCAUGGGGCAGGGACCGUCCCUUACCCAGAGUUUUGCCCCCCUCCUCAGUUCCUAGAGGGAAGUUUUGAGACUUGCUUACGGCUUUGAAAGAAGCCAGGGUGUAGUUCUGUGCUCCCCUUGAAGUAGCUGGCACAUUAUAGGCCCUUAGUAAAUGCUGAAUGGGUUGAUGACAGGUGCUCAAUAAAUGUGGAAUCACGGCUUCAUCUCAGGCCUAUCCUUCCUGGACUGAGUUUGGCCACCAUUAUACACACAGCUGGGGGUGAAGCCCCUAUAGUUCACAGUGUGCUAUUCAACAGUUUGCCAUCUGCUUCCCGAAAGCAAACCUGGCUUGUGAUUGCCGUGUGUGUGCGCGCUUGCACGUGGGUGUGUGGGUGUGUGGGUGUGUAUCACACACACACACACACACACACACACACACACACACACACACACACACACGAGUUCCUAUGUGUCUCUGUCCCUGACAGUAGGGGCAGUCUAUGAAUGAAUAUGUGACAUUUCUGAAGUUCAGUAUCUCCAGGUUUCUCCUGGGGCUAUGUAGGGGCUUCUGGCUGGCCAGGUAAAUGGAUCCCUGGGAACCCAGACCUCAAAUGGGGACUUACUUUCUUCCUCUCACAAGCCAAAUUUGCCUCCUAUCCACUCCCUCUACAAAACUGGGUAUUUGCCAAAGUAGCCUCUGGCGUCAUCCAGUGCCCUUCCCACCCAGGUUCCCCUCCACUUUCAGGGAUAGUGGGACUGAGGGCCACCCCCACAUGCCUCAAUGGAACACAUUUCCUCCAUCCCCAGCAGUGUAUCCACCCAUCCCUCCCCCACUCGAACAGGAAGGAAGAAAUGCACCUUCUCUUGCUCAUUAUUUAUUUGUUUGGAGAGACAAAAAUGAUGGGAAAGUAUCUAAAAAUCUCUCUCUCUAUUUUUAUGCGACUCUCUGGAACCCCCUGUGGGGGAAUGUCAGCUCUCCUGAAGGCUGGGAGCUCCUCAUUCUGCCCUGUCUGCCUCUACGUAAGCGGAAGGGAUGGGACAUAAUGGGACAGGAGGGCUGAUUCCCAAGGAGAAUCUGAAUUCUCUACCCCAUUCAAUCCCAGAAAGAGGGAAGAAGGGAGGGAUGGGGCCAGCCAAGAGCUGACCCACCCCCAAACUUGACAAUCACCCACACUCCUGACUCCUGGGUCUUGGGUGAGUCCAAGUGUGUGGCUGUUGAUUUGUUUUCAUUAUUUCUUUCUGUGCUGUACGGUGAUGCUUUCUAGUAUUCUGCACAUUCAGAAAAGUCCUCGAGAUUCUUACGAGUUUGGUUUGAAAACUCUUUCACUAUAUUUGUUGUAAAGAGGUUUACUAUUAAAAGAAAAAAGAACAUGUUUCUGAUA